AUGUCCGGUGGCAUGUUUAUGAAUAGUGGUAGUAGUAAUGAAAGUAAUUCGGACAAUGAAAAAUGUCAUUUACCAACUGCUGAUUUAAUUUUAUCUGAGAAUGAAAAAGAAGAUGAAGAACAACAACAAAUUGUUGUUAUACGACGAAAUAUUAGUAAACUUAAACGACAACAUGCAACUACAUCACUUCAAUCAUCUUUAUCUAUUCGAAAUACGUUAUCACUUGAAUCAAUAGAAAAUGGUAUUGCUAAUAAUGGCAGUAAUGAUGAUAAUGAUAUAAUUGUACCUGAUUAUCAGAUGACGAUAAAAAAACCUGCACAAAUAGUAAAUGAAAAUGAUUAUGAUCUAAAUCGAACAAGUUUUAAUGAAUCAGAACGUACAGAUAGUGGAAUUGGACGUAAUAGUGGAUCAAGUUGGAGACUAAGUAGUUACAGUGAAUCAUUUCAUUAUUCACAAUCACAACAACAGCAACAAAUAGUUGACAAACAACAAGAUUUGAAUUCAGAUGAUGGUGAUGAUGAUGAUGAUGAUGACGAUGAUACUACACCAAUUCCACAAAUAAACGCUGACAGCCAAUUGUCUGAAGAUUCUUUUGAAAGUUUUAGAUUGCAAAAGGCUGGUUGGCUUCAUAUUAAACAUUGGCUAACUGUUCAACGACAUCAUAAAGUUGAACUAGCAUCUAAACGUCAAUGGAAACGUUUUUGGGCAUGUUUGAAAGGAUCAUAUUUACAUCUAUAUAAUGAUUAUUCUGACGUCAAUCCAAAACUUACAAUAGACAUUGUUGAGAGUCUUUGUUAUCCAUUACCUGAACAUCCUUAUCGUCAACAUGUAUUUAAUUUAACAACACAUACUGGUGAUACAUAUUGUUUACAGUCACCUGAUCAAUCUGAAUUAGAUCAUUGGAUUCGUAAUAUACAUUGUUCUUGUUUAUUAAAAACAAAAGAAAAUUUAUUAAAAAAAGUUAUCAAACAAUUAGAAGAUAAUAUUGAACGUGAAAAUAAAAUGCGUAAAUUAGGUGAAUUACAAUUAAAAUCAUCAACAAAUCAAAAAGUUCGUUUACUUAUAUCCAAACAAAUAAAUUUAUGGGAAAAAAAUUUAGAAGCAUUUCAUGUUGAUUUAUUUCGUAAUAAAUGUUAUUUAUGUGCAUUAACAAAUGAUAGAGAUUUACCAAAUCCGAAAGAUUUACUUUCACAAGCAUGUCCAACAACGAAAGCAUCACUACAUAAACUUACGGCAUUUACACCAUGUAGUUUUUAUGCAUGUAUUUCUGCACGAAGACAAUUUGAUCGUCAUAAAUCAAAAUAUAAAUUAGCUCAUACAAAUAAUAAUGAUGAUCAACAACAAACAAAAUGUUAUUUAACAACACCAUCAAGUCCUAUUAAUUUUGCUCAAUCAUCAACAGUAACUGAACAAACAAUUUUACAAAUGGUUACAUGUGAUUCAAAUCCACAGAUGAGAACAAUUGUAUCAAUAAAUGAAAUGGCAACUGUUGGUGAAUUAUUAAAACGUGUAACUGGUAAAUUAGGAUUACAAAUCGAUGAUCAUUUUUUACAUUUUGAUUCAUCAUCUUCAAAUCAAUUUGUACCUAAUCUAAAUGAUAAAUUAUGUGAUUUAACUUAUUCUUCAAUUGAAAUAAAACGAAAAGUUGUCUAUCAAAUAACAUUAAAUAAUGAACUUAAUCUAGCAGGAAUUGAAAUUAUAACUAAAUUAUAUCGUGAAUAUUCAUUACAAGUAAUUGUAUCGAAUGUAAUAUCUGGAAGUGAAAGUGAACAAUUAGGAGUAAGGAAAGGUGAUGAAAUCGUUAUUGUAAAUAAUUCAAUUGUACAAGAUCUUGAUCUUAAUACACUUGAUAAUUAUUUUUAUCAAACACCAAUUAUAUUAACACUUCGCUCAUCAAGAUCAGCUGAUGCGAUAAAAGAUAAUAAUCAAGUGUUUGAUUUUUCUCAUGCAAUUAUUCAAAAUUUAAUUUGUCCACCACCUCCGCAACGUAUCGAACGAUUAUCAAGACAAGAACUUCGUGAACUUAUUGUUCCUAAACCUGAUUCAAGUUGUUCAGAUGAACAUAUGCCAUCGAAUAAUAAAGAUAUCAAAGAAAAUGAAUCAUCAUCACCAUCAGCACUUGAACGUUUAUUAAAAAAUGUUGAUGAAUUAAGUCGAUAUUGUCGACCAACAACAACAGUAUUGAAUCCAAAUACUGAACAAGUUAAUGUAAUUAAUCAACCACCACGUAUUAAAACUCUUUCAAAUGCACAACGAAUACGAAAAGUUAUUUUUGAAUUAGUGGAAACAGAAAGAACUUAUGUUCAGGAUAUGCAACGUUUACUUGAACGAUAUAUUGAACCAUUACGUGAUGAUUCUAAAUUAUUACCUGCUGAUACAAUUGAAUCAUUAUAUAUAAGUGUUAAAUCAAUUUAUCAAUUACAACAAAAAUUUCUUGAACGUCUGGAAUCAGAUAUUCCAACUGAAAUUCUUGCUUAUAAUGCUGUACAUGAAUUUUGUGAUAUUCUUAUAUCAAUAGCAGAUACAUUUCUUUCAUAUUCUCAAUAUUUUAAAUUAUAUUCCUCAUUUUGUGCAAUGCAUUUACGAAUAAAUCGUUUACUUGAUAUUCAUCAAAAUAAUCAACAUUUAAAAGAAUUUCUUGCUGCACGUAAUCCACGUCAUCAACAUUCAUCAUCAUUUGAAUCUUAUUUAAUAAAACCUGUUCAACGUAUACUUAAAUAUCCUUUAUUAUUACAACAAAUGUCGAUUUAUUCAAAUGAAAAUGAAAAUGAUUCAAAUGAUUCAAAAGAAAUAAUUAAAUUAAAACAAGCAAUUACAAUGAUGAAUGAUAUUGGAGAAUAUAUGAAUGGUAUGCAACAAUUAUAUGAAGAUUUUGGACAAUCAUUUGAAUCUAUAACGAAAACUUAUAGUGAAGAACAUAAUAAAAGUAUACAAUUGAAUUUACCUGAACUGUAUGCAUAUAGUGAAUUAGAUUGGUUAAAUAUACACUUAUUUGUUCUUGGAAAAAAUUAUCAACGUUUAAAAACAUAUUGCUUUAUUUUCCGUAAUGGCUGUAUUUUAUUAGUACGUGAACAAAUAAAUAAAAAGAAACAAGAUUCAUCAUUAAGUCAUAAAGGAAAUAAAAUAACUCCUGAUCGUUUUAUUCGAUUUAUUCCAAUAGAAGAAAUGAAUGUUGAAUUUAUUGAUACUCAUGAUAAUAAAAAUAAUAUUUGUACUUGGCAAUUAAUUCAAAUUGAUAUAAAAACACGUCUCAAAACAUAUUAUCGAUUUGCAAAUAAAGAUGCUGAAACAUUUGUUAAAACAAUUAAUAAUUGUAUACUUGCAGCAACAUCAGUUGAAUGGCGACAAAAUAAUUCAUCUAAUCAUUCCAUAGAUAAUAUACGUAAAUCUGAACCAUCAUUUUCAAUUAAAAAAUCUUCUUCAUCACAACAAAUAACAUCAAGUCGUUCUUGUCAUGCAAUAUUACCAGGAAAUUCAAAAUCAUUAAAUCGAAAAUCAAAUAAUAAUCAUCGACGAAGUCCAUCACCUAUUUGGAAACGAAGAACAACACCUGUUAGAAAACAACAAAUAUCAUUGAAUGGUCGACGAAAAACGAUACGAAGUUCGACUGAUUGUUAA